AUGAAAUGUCUGCAACAAGAUAAAACUAGUUUUGUUUUCAGAUUUGAGAAUGAAUCAGAUUUAUCAUUUUCAACUUAUCAGUAUCAAUUCAAUAUACAUGUACCUUUUAUUAACAAGAUAUUAAAUUUAAAUAUCUGUGAGAGUUUCUGUUGUGAGAAUUGUACAAUUAUUGAAAAUUUAAAACUUUUUUUAACUAAACUUAAAGUUAAUUUUUUCAAAGACAAAGAAGCCGACGAGUUAAUAAAGGAUGGGAAUGAAUCAUUAGUAGGAGAGAUCAAAUCAAAAAUUUCAAAAAAUUUAAAAUCCCCAAAAAAAUUCAUUUGUAAAAAAUGUCAGGAAGUUUUUCACACAAGACUCGGUUUAAAAAAUCACGUGAAAAUUCAUUGCGAUAUAAAAAAAUUUUCUUGCGAGAUUUGCAAUAAGAAUUUCGGACAUCGUUUCAAUUUAUCUCGACACGUAAAAGUCAUACACGAAGGUGUUAGAAAUCACGUUUGUUCGGAUUGUGGUAAAAGAUACAGGUCACACGGUGAGAUGGAAGAUCAUAGAAACAUUCACAAAGUUCAAAAUAAGAUCAUUUGCGAAGAAUGCGGACGGAUUUUUCUCACCAAAGCAUCAUUUUACCCCCACAGAAAAUUUCAUCGAAUGUCUAAAACUAAAACGGUUCACGGAAAUAAAUACGGUUGCGACGAAUAUCAGCACAUGCUGAUACAUACGGGAGAAAAACCGAUCGUGUGUGCCGUCUGUGGGAAAAAUUUUAGAACGAAAGCUAAUUUUAGACAACAUUCAAAAGUUCAUACGAAAAUCAGACCGUUCGGUUGCGAUCACUGUGGGAAAGCGUUCGCCAGAAAAGAUCAUUUGAAAAUUCACGUUCGAUGUCAUACGGGAGAAAAACCGUUCGUUUGUGAUUUCUGCGGAAGAGUUUUAGAAUCUUUACGUUGUUUGCAACGUCACGUGACAGUCAUACACGAAGGAAUACGACGAUAUAAGUGUCCCAUUUGUUCGAAAGUGUUCGAUUCAAACGGGGAAUUGAAAUCUCAUCAAGAUUCUCAUUCCGAUCCGAGGCCUUUUCAAUGCGAUCAAUGCGGUCGAACUUUCAUUCAUCAAAAACAUUUGUACCAUCACAGAAAGUAUCAUCACACAGCGAACGGAAUGAGACGUCUUUGCAAAGUUUGCAAUCGUCAUUUUUCAAGUCCGAGCGUUUUGAAAAGGCAUCACAAAGCGAUUCAUUUGGGUUUGAAAGAAUUUCAGUGUCACGUAUGCAGCGCGCAACUGAGCACAAAACAUUAUUUGCAAGAACAUUUGAAAUUGCACUCGGACGAAAGAUCGGAAGUGUGCAAAUUUUGCGGUAAAACAUUUCAAAUGACCGGAAAUUUAAGGCAACAUUUGAAAACGCACAUGAGGAAAAGUCAAAUUUGUUACGUGUGCGGUAAGGGAUUCACGAGGAAAUGUCAUUUGCUCAUACAUUUGGGAUCUCAUAAAGAAAUCGAACACCUUGAAUGCGAAUAUUGUCAAAAAGUUUUCAAUCGAAGGUUUAAUUUCGAAAGACAUUUGUCCGUUCAUUCCGGAGAUUCGUACACGUGUCACGCUUGCGGAAAACAAUACAAAAGACAAUCCGUACUCGACAGACACAUAAAAAUAAUUCACCAACAAAUAAAAUUUGCUAAUUUAUCUUGUAGUUAUUGCGGUAAAGUAUUUUCUUCGACUCAAAGUCUCGAAGAUCAUUUUAGGACUCAUACGGGAGAAAGGCCGUUCAUAUGCGAAAUAUGCGGAAAAGAUUUCAGGGCUAGACCCAAUCUCAUUGCUCAUAAAAAAAUUCACACGGGAGAAUUACCCUUCGCCUGUUCUCUUUGCGAUUAUCGAUGUCGUCUCAAAAGUACUUUUAUAGAUCAUUGUCAACGUCACGAAGGUACGCGAUCGUGCCUGUGUUCGAUAUGCGGAAAAGGAUUCGUUAACAAUUACGAUUUGAUGAAACAUAAGAAAACUCAUUCGAAAGAAAGGCGAUUCUCUUGUUCGUUUUGCAGUUUGACGUUCGUCAUGAAAAGAUAUUUAAAAGUUCAUUUGAAAACUCAUUCACAAAAAAUGUUUAAAUGUAACGAUUGCGGAAAAGCAUUUAAGGAAAAAUCGAAAUUAUCGAAUCAUUUAAAAAAACAUGGAAGGGAAUCGUCGGACGUGGAUAAAUUGAAAAAAUUUUCAUGCAGCGUUUGCAAUAGAAAAUUUAAAUUCGAGGACAACGGAUUGGCCCACGAGAAAAUAUGCGGUAAAAAAGAAGGAAUGACUCACAAGUGUUCGGUUUGCAACAAACGUUUCGAAUCGAAAAUCCUUGCCGAUCAACAUUGGACGUGUCAUCACAAAUCCUGCGUGUGUCAUUUUUGCGGUCAAUCAUUUUCCAAAUCCGAAUCUCUCAAGCAACACGUCAAAACCGUACACGAAGAAUUCAAAUUGGUUUGUCAUUACUGCGGUAAAAAAUUUUCUAGGAAAGCGAGAUUGCAAGAACACCUACAAUAUCACACCGGGCAAAUGGAAUUCACGUGUCACGUUUGCGGAAAAGGUUCGACGAAUUCGUAUUCGUUCGGCAUACACCUGGCGACUCACUCUCAAGAAACACCUUACUCGUGUUCGUUUUGUCCGCGAACGUUCAAACACAUGAAAUACAGUUAUGCGAAGCCGAAAAAACCGGGGAAAAACGUCGUCGAACGAACGUGUUCCCUCUGCGAUAAAACAUUUAAAAGAGUAAGUGCACUUUUGAUACACAAGCGAUCCGUACACGAGGGUAAAAACGGGUACGUGUGUAAAUUAUGCGGUAAAGAUUUCAAAUACUCUUAUCUGUUGUUCGUCCAUAAGAAAAAACAUCAUUUUCCGGAACUGUGUAAAUACUCGUGCGAAAUAUGCGAGAAACCGUUUCCGGUUAAAACGGAAUUGAAAAAUCAUUUGCGUAAACACACGGGAGAAAAACCCUACGUUUGCGGUCUGUGUGGUAAAUCGUAUUCGUUUCACGGGUCGUUGAACAUGCACAAAAAAACUCAACACGAAAAUAAGAAAAUAUUCAAAUGCACCAUUUGCGAAUGUUCUUAUAAUUUCAAAUCCCAUUUAACGAGACACAUGAGCGUGCACGUGGAAAAAUACGCGACUUUAGAUUUAAACCUGAACGAAAACUUAACGUCGUGA